AUAUUUAUUGUCCAUCCAAUUUGAUUUCACCUUCAAAGUUCAGAGAACACUAAAAAUAUUCAAAACAGAGAUAGCUCCUCAAUCAUGGCGGUGCUUUCUUAUUCUGUUGCUUUUCUGCUUCUUUCUCUCUUACAGGCUGUAAGCACAGCAAACUCGCAAUCAUUCAUAGGCGUGAACUAUGGCCAAGUUGCAGACAACCUCCCACCGCCAUCAGCCACGGCAAAGCUCCUCCAAUCAACCGCAAUACAAAAGGUCAGAUUAUACGGCUCCGACCCAGCUAUAAUCAAAGCCUUAGCCAAUACCGGAAUCGGAAUAACCAUUGGUGCCUCAAAUGGCGAUAUUCCUUCACUAGCCUCCGAUCCUAACUUCGCCAAGAACUGGGUCAACACCAACGUGGUGCCAUUUUAUCCAGCAAGCACAAUCAUCCUCAUCACCGUCGGCAAUGAGGUAAUGUCCUCCGGCGACCAAAAUCUCAUGACAAAGCUCUUACAAGCAAUGCAAAAUGUCCAGAAUGCGCUCGACGCUGCAUCCCUUGGAGGCAAGAUUAAGGUCUCUACAGUUCACUCAAUGGCAGUGCUGAAGCAAUCAGAGCCACCAUCAAUUGGAAGCUUCGAUCCUAGUUAUGGAGAUUUGAUGAAAGGCUUAUUAGCUUUUAACAAUGCCACGAAUUCGCCUUUCGCAAUCAAUCCAUACCCGUAUUUUGCUUACAGGAGCGAUCCAAGGCCCGAGACUUUGGCUUUUUGUCUUUUCCAACCGAAUGCAGGACGUUUUGAUGCAAAUACAAAGAUCAACUACAUGAACAUGUUUGAUGCUCAGGUAGAUGCUGUUCAUUCUGCUUUAAGCUCCAUGGGAUUUAAGAACGUUGAGAUUGUGGUGGCAGAGACUGGAUGGCCUUAUAAGGGAGACAAUAAUGAAGUAGGGCCAAGUAUGGAGAAUGCUAAGGCUUACAAUGGUAACUUAAUUGCACACCUUAGAUCAAUGGUGGGUACUCCAUUGAUGCCUGGAAAAUCAGUAGAUACAUAUCUUUUUGCUUUAUAUGAUGAAGACUUGAAACCCGGACCUGGUUCAGAGCGAGCAUUCGGACUUUUCAAGCCUGAUCUUACGAUGACUUAUGAUGUUGGCCUCUCCAAGAGUAGUCAGUCACCUUCUACACCGAAAACUCCUUCGCUAAGUCCAUCGCCAAAGCCAAAACAAGCAACAUGGUGUGUGCCCAAGGCCGGUGUCUCAGAUGCCCAAUUGCAGGCAAAUCUAGAUUAUGCUUGUGGACAUGGGGUUGAUUGUAGUCCAAUCCAACCAGGUGGGGCUUGCUUUGAGCCAAAUACAGUAGCAUCACAUGCUGCUUUUGCUAUGAAUCUUCUUUAUCAAACUUCCGACAGAAAUCCAGUGAAUUGUGAUUUUUCACAGACAGCCACUCUUUCAUCGAAAAAUCCCAGCUAUGAUGCUUGCACUUAUCCUGGUGGAAGCGCCUGAGGAGGGGAAUCACUAUAUAAAAGAUGUGGGCGGUGCCUGCUGUUUUAUUCUCAUUUAAUAGAAAAGGCAUCACCUUUUACAAUUGAAUUGAUGGUGUGUGUAAAAUGCAUGGGGGAAAUCUCUUGCUUUUCCUACUCCCUAUUAUUAUGUGAUGCUCGUGAAGAAAUGUUUAUAUAUUUUCUCAGAAUGCAAAUUUAGAAGUUUAUAAUAUAUGAAGGUUGACGCAGAAACUUGUGUCUUUGUUGA